AUGGUAGGGGUGCAAACCAGCGCAAAUCAGCUCCAAGAAUUGGAAUGUUUGUUUACUAUGCAGGGUAAAAGUGCAUACUCUAGAUUUUCAGAAUUUGCUGGUGACUCCUUUCACACAGAAACCGACAAAACUUCUCAAAUCCUAAAAUCGAAUUCUUCCAAUCGGCCGAAUGUAAUGCUCGAUGGAAGCUCUAGCGGUCUCGGCAGAAUGAAGGACUUCUGUGGCUUGAGGGUCUUCGCUGUGUCUCUUCUCACCAUCACUGUGACGGCUACCUUCGUGAGCGUCUAUUCUUCAGCAUUGGCAGAAGUAAAAGGGGAGGGGGAAGGAGUGCUGCUUUCCCAAUCCCCUGAGUCAACGCGGGAAGCCACCGGGCAGUUGGCGUUAACUUCGACCCUUAGGAGCGUUACCGGGCACAGCAAUCCGGGUAUAGAGGCAUUAGAACAAGCAGCCACAGCAGCAGUGGAAGUUGCUUCCUCUACAAAAAGCAGUGGAAGUGGGUGGCUGAAUCCCGCGUUCAAGGACAUCCGGAACUAUGUGUGCAAGUACAGUGUAGAUGGGGGGCCAUGUAGAAAUCGGUCAUAUGGCGAUUAUCCUUCUGGCUUGAAGUGCCCUCCUUCGUACUGCUGCAGCAAAACACACAUGCUGCAUGGUCAGUCUGGUGAAUGGUGCACAAACAAAUGGGCCCUGUGCAAUGGUCUCUUGCAUUAUGGUGAUAGCAGUCAUGGAGGCUGCAGCUGCGACAGUUAUGGGAACAAGUGCCCUGAGUCUUCAUCCUGUAAGCAGGAGGAUGUCGCCCAUGGGGGAACAUACUGCGAGUGCAACGAAGGGUAUAUUGGCGACGGCACCUCGUGUGUGGAGGACCUCUGCCGCUCUUCACCUUGCCAUCCCGGAACAUGUAUGCUCGUUGACGGACAGGUUCAGUGUACCUGUCCGGAAUACUACGAGGUCAAUAAUGAUACAGUGCCUCAGACUUGCUGGAUGAGGGAUAUGUGCAGCGAUAGUCCUUGCGGUGACAACACUUCCACCAAAGCCUGCUACCACGAGGGUCCCGGCCGAUACAGUUGUGAAUGCAACCUGGGCUAUACGUCUGUGAAGGUUGAAGGAAAACUAAUGUGUGACGAUAUUUUCAACCACUUUGUGUGCUCCUCCAACCCUUGCGGGAUUGAGGGUGUUCAGGAAUGCGUGGACACCUCCCAGGGUGUGAUCUGCACAUGCUUCACGGGACAUAGUUUGGUGAAAGAAACGGCGCAGUAUCGAUGUGCAAGGGAUGACCCCUGCCUUACCAGCCCCUGCGGAAGUCUCAGUACCGCCAACCGCUGUGUGGCUACGAGUACAGCCUACAUGUGCACCUGCACAGAUGGGUACACUGUGGCGACUGGAGAGACGGGACAGUAUUGUGCAAAAGACGAGGAGGGGACCAAUUAUGUGCUGUACGGGGGGAUUGGGGGAGGAGUCCUCCUCCUUCUUUCGGCGUUUGCAUGCACGUACGUGCGGUCUGGUUUAGAGUUAAAUGAUGAGGAAGUAAAGUUCUUGAAAGAAAACGCACAGGAGGUCUCAGAUUCAGCAUAUUUUAGUCCUGGCAGAGGCUGGCGCCAAUGGGGGGCAAUAUUGUCGGUGAAUAGAAUAGCUUGGGGACCAGUAACCACUCUCCUGGCUGGGAAAGCGGCCUCAAAGGUUUUUGCAUGCAUAUUCGGAUCUGCUGCAUCCACAGGUGCCUAUGUGACAUCAGCACAGGCAGGACAUUGGGUGGUAGCGACAGCACCAGCACUAAGAACAUGCGUUGUCUCGGUGCAUAUUUAUAAUGACGUCUGUGCUGUGGCUUAG